AUGGGCUCCAUCGAAACAUCCCCACACCCGCCUCAAUUCCUUGUGAUCGGAGCUGGAUCUCGGGGCCAUGCAUAUGCCCGGGCUGUCGAAGCGUCGACAUCAGGCACGAUUGCAGCCGUGGCAGAGAUCGAUCCUUUCAAGCGACAAGAGUUUGGAAAGCGUUACAUAUGGGCAAGAGACGGACAGCCUCAGGAAGGCCAGUCCUUUGGACGGUGGGAAGAAUGGGUUGCGUGGGAGAAGAGACGCAGAGAGGACGCCGACAAGGCUGGAGGACCCGAGCCUGGUUAUCUCCCCAUAACCGGGGUGUUUAUAUGCACCAUGGAUGAAACCCAUGCUCCUAUACUCCGUGCCCUUGCACCCCUGAACCUCCACAUCCUCUGCGAAAAACCGUUGGCCUUAUCGCUGUCAGACUGCCUCUCUAUCUCUUCAGCUUUGUCGAAAUAUCCCCCGAAGGUGGUCUCUAUCGGACAUGUGCUACAUUACUCACCGCACAACAUCCUCCUGCGGAAGCUAGUGACUGCUGACCAGGUCAUCGGUGAAAUCGUCUCCAUCGAACACACCGAGCCAGUCGGCUGGUGGCACUUCUCACACUCCUACGUCCGCGGCAACUGGCGCCGCUCAACACCAGAGGGUGUUGGCUCUCUUCUCACCAAGUCUGGCCAUGACAUUGACUUCAUUCUGUGGCUGCUCUGCUCACCGAGUGCUCUCACCGGAACGAGUCCCCAUCUUCCUUCUACGAUUUCAAGCAAUGGAGCCAUUACGCAUUUCCGCCCGGCCAGGAAGCCGAAGGCUGCAGGUGUGGCCACCAACUGCAUCUCCUGCCCUGCUGAACCGGAUUGCAUCUACUCUGCGAAGAAAAUAUACCGGGAUCGGUGGCUUCGGCAGGAGAAAGAUACGGGCUGGCCUCUCAAGAUCGUGGUGCCCGAGAUAGAAGAUAUUGUAUCGACAAAAGGCUGGAGUGCGGCGGAGGAGCGAUUGAUGACAAAGCUGGCUGAUGACUACGACAAAGCCACCACACCUGACGAUGUUAUUGCUGGUCGGAGCUGGUAUGGACGCUGUGUCUACGAAGCAGAUAAUGAUGUGGUCGAUGACCAGAUCGUAACAAUGGACUGGGAAGAAGAGCCUCUGCCCGGCCAGGACCUCGGACGCGGACCGAAGAGGGCGCUCUUUCAUAUGACAUAUCCAACCCAAGCACAAUGCGAGCGAAGAGGCUGGAUAUAUGGUACGUUGGGUGAAAUCAGCUACGAUUCCCACAGGAUCACCGUGCACACAUUUGCCGAGGGGAAAACCAUUGUGCAUGAUAUUCCAAAACAGGCCCCAGAGGUGGAGAAGAGCCACGGUGGCGGCGACUGGGGUUUGGCUGGUGCCUUUGUUCAAGCUGUCCAGAAUGUCAAUGCGGGAACAAUGAAUGUGGCCCAAGCACAACGAGAACUAGUGGGAUGUGAUCUAGAAGAGAUUAUAUUGAGCCACGCGGUGGUAUUUGCAGCAGAAGAGGCAAGGAGGGAAAAGAAGGUUAUCAAAUGGACCGAGUGGUGGGCGAAGAACGGCUCGCCAGCCCAGUGA